CAAAAAUCAGUCCGAGCUCGACAGAGAGGUUCUUGAUGGAGAUGUAGACGAUGCUUACUGCUUUGUUUUCACCUCCACCAAACGGGGCGACACUUACCUUGAUGAGAUGGCCACAUAUUUGGGCACUCCUAUAAAGGGGAGCACCACUGAAGACGAGUGGUUCUACUCAGAGGAAGUCUGGACCUCUCUGAGACAAAAAGCCAAAGCUUUCCAAGACUUCAAUAAAGCAGAGAAGGACAACAACCGGAUCCGUUUCUUUAUCGCAGUCAUUCCAAAUGAGAAAUACAAAGGAGCAACUAUCUACCAUUACAAGCAGGGCAUUCUGGUCAGCAAAGAUUUCACAAUACCUGACUCUGAUCCUGAGAAUAUCACAGACAGAAGAGAUCUGAUCUUGUAUGCCUGUGACCUCACCCUGGACCCAAACACUGCCAACGGUCACAUCGUUCUGUCUGAUGGAAACAAAAAGGCAACAAACGGAUCAACUUGGCAUCAAUAUCCUGCUAACCCAGAGAGGUUUGAUUCAUACAAUCAGGUGUUGUGCCGAGAGGGUUUAUCUGGGCGCCAUUACUGGGAGGUAGAUUUGGAUAAUGCAUCUAGUUCAAUAUAUAUUCGUGUAGCUGUUGCAUACAAGACCAUGAAAACCAAGGGAACGAUUUACGAAAGCAAAUUUCGAAAUAAUACCCAAUCUUGGGCUUUAAGAAAGUUGAAAACAAAUGAAAGCCGCUCACUCACUGCACUGCACAAUGCAAACGACGAGUGGGAAUUUAAACCUGGUGGCUGCUCAACACUCGGUGUGUAUCUGAACUGGCGUGCAGGCACUUUGUCCUUCUACAAAGUCUCCUCCAACACACUGACACACCUCUACACCUUUCACAGCACCUUCACUGAGCCCGUGUACCCAGGCUUCUGGGUUUACGAGCAGGGAUACGUCUAUCUGCGUCCUCUUUAAUAGGACCAAUGCUGGUGACUUGUUGGAUCCUUGGUCUGUUAAUAGAGGGACGGGGUUACAAGUGUAGUUUCAAUGGUAAAAUGGCAUCACAUGUUAGCUUUAACUUGAGUGUUAAAUAUAUUAUUUACAAAAAAUUAAAUUUUACUUGCUUGUUCAGUUGAUACACAGUGUAAACAUUUGACUCUCUUUGUGAAUCACAUUUUAAUUUCUAUUCUUAUCCUUUAUAGAGUUUGAGACUAAUGUCAAAAGCUAUUGUUAAAACUUGCAUAACUAUUUAGUAAUUUUGUAAAUGGUUAAGUGGGCUUUUUACCAAUUCUGUACCUUAAAUCUGACCAACUUUAAUAAAGUACUCUCCCACAACGUGUAUACUUAUUGUUGAAUAAAAUAUUGUCUUCUUUA